UAUAACAUAUUUUAUAUUUCCUCAGUCUUCUUUCCGAGGUGUUAACAAACACACCUAGAGGGCAUUUUGGGCAAAAAGAUUCAAUCCCAAGGGAACCGCUAUAGGUGGACAGGAGAAAGAGAGAGAGAGAGACAAGGGAAGCAACUAGGGUUUUGCAGAGCAGAGCAAAGAGUGAUAGAGCGAAGAUGCCUUGCCUGAACCUGUCCACUAACGUGAGCCUGGACGGCGUAGACACCUCUUCCAUCCUCUCUGAGGCCACCUCUACCGUUGCCAAGAUCAUUGGCAAACCUGAAGCUUAUGUGAUGAUCGUGUUGAAGGGUUCAGUACCGAUUGCUUUUGGUGGGACUGAGCAGCCAGCAGCCUAUGGCGAAUUGGUUUCCAUUGGUGGCCUUAACCCUGGUACCAAUAAGGAACUGAGUGCUGCAAUUUCUGCAAUUCUUGAGACUAAAUUGUCAGUGCCGAAGUCACGCUUCUUCCUCAAAUUCUAUGACUCCAAGGGUUCCAACUUUGGAUGGAAUGGGUCCACCUUCUAAAUCAUGCGUAAAGCAUGCAAACUAUGUAUCCGGUGAUUUGGUAUAAUAAGAUCCAAUGCGUGGUUCCAACUGGAUCUUAUGCAUUGGGGAACUAUAUAUCUGGUGAUUUGGUAUAAUAACUACUUUGGUAAUUGAGAAGGUCAUUGUAUCUUCUGUUAUGAUUAAGUGCUAAGAGAUGUGUCUCCUUGUA